UUUCUGAUUGCUAGUGUGCCUUGUUGUUCCUAGAUACAAAGGCUUGGGAGGUGGACACAUUGAGAGGCCACAUGAACAAUGUUUCAUGUGUUUUGUUUCAUCCAAGGCAAGAUAUUAUUGUUUCAAAUUCAGAGGAUAAGAGCAUUCGAGUAUGGGAUGCUACAAAAAGGACUGGUCUUCAGACUUUCCGCAGGGAGCAUGAUAGGUUUUGGAUCCUUGCAUGUCAUCCUGAGAUGAAUCUUCUAGCGGCUGGUCAUGAUAGUGGGAUGAUAGUAUUCAAGCUGGAGAGAGAACGUCCUGCUUUUUCUGUGAGUAGUGAUUCUUUGUUUUAUGUAAAGGAUCGCUUUCUCCGAGUGUAUGAGUAUUCAACUCAGAAGGACACACAGUUGAUACCAAUUAGAAGGCCCGGUUCAAACAGUGUGAACCAAGGUCCACGAACACUUUCAUAUAGUCCUACAGAAAAUGCUAUCUUGAUAUGUUCUGACACGGAUGGCGGUUCCUAUGAACUUUAUGUUGUACCUAAAGAUAGUUAUGGUAGGGGUGAUACUGUUCAAGAUGCAAAAAGAGGAAGCGGAGGGUCAGCUGUAUUUGUUGCCCGAAACAGGUUUGCGGUGCUUGAGAAGAGCACUAAUCAAGUCCUGGUCAAGAAUCUCAAAAAUGAAAUUGUCAAGAAAAGCCUUCUUCCUAUGGCUACUGAUGCAAUAUUUUAUGCUGGCACCGGAAACUUACUAUGCAGGGCAGAGGAUAGAGUUGUCAUUUUUGAUCUCCAGCAGAGAAUUAUUCUUGGGGAACUUCAGACUUCUUUUGUCAGGUAUGUUGUUUGGUCACCUGAUAUGGAAAGUGUCGCUUUGCUUAGCAAGCAUUCCAUAGUUAUAGCUGAUAAGACGCUUGUGCACCGCUGCACCCUUCAUGAGACUAUUCGUGUCAAGAGCGGUGGCUGGGAUGACAAUGGUGUAUUCAUAUAUACAACACUUACCCACAUUAAGUACUGCCUUCCCAACGGGGAUUGUGGAAUCAUCAAAACCCUGGAUGUCCCUGUCUAUAUUACAAAAAUAUAUGGGAACACUAUCUUUUGCUUGGAUCGAGAUGGCAAAAACUGUCCUAUUAUUAUUGAUUCAACUGAAUAUGUUUUCAAGUUGUGUCUGCUUAGAAAGAGAUACGACCAAGUUAUGAGUAUGAUAAGGAACUCGGAGCUCUGCGGUCAAGCCAUGAUUGCAUAUUUGCAGCAGAAGGGUUUUCCAGAAGUUGCUCUUCAUUUUGUGAAGGAUGAGCGCACUCGUUUCAACUUAGCACUUGAAAGUGGGAAUAUUGAGAUAGCUCUUGAAUCUGCCAAAAAGAUUGAUGAAAAAGAUCAUUGGUAUAGGCUUGGCGUGGAAGCCCUUCGGCAGGGUAAUGCAGGUAUUGUUGAAUAUGCCUACCAGAAGACGAAAAAUUUUGAGAGGUUGUCUUUCCUAUAUCUAAUAACAGGAAACUUGGAAAAGUUAUCUAAAAUGAUGAAAAUUGCUGAGGUAAAAAAUGAAGUAAUGGGUCAGUUCCAUGAUGCCUUGUACCUUGGUGAUGUCCGUGAGCGUGUUAAAAUUUUGGAAAAUGCUGGUCAUCUGCCCCUUGCAUACAUCACAGCUACUGCCCACGGGCUCAAUGAUACUGCUGAGCAUCUUGCAGAGGAACUGGGAGAUAAUGUUCCAUCAUUGCCAAAGGGGAAGAAAGCUUCACUAUUGCUGCCCCCAACUCCCAUCUUGGGUGGUGGUGACUGGCCCUUGUUGAUGGUGACGAAAGGGAUAUUUGAAGGUGGUCUGGACAUUGCAGGCAGGGGAGGACAAGAGGAAUAUGAAGAGGCUGCAGAUGCAGACUGGGGUGAGUCAUUGGACAUUGGUGAGGUGGAAAAUCUUCAGAAUGGGGACAUCAGUAUGGUGCUUGGUGAUGAGGAAGGGCAAGAAGGAAAUGAUGAUGAGGAGGUAGGAUGGGAUCUUGAGGAUCUGGAUCUGCCACCUGAUACCGACACACCAAAGACUACUUCCAAUGCUCGCUCUUCUGUGUUUGUCACCCCAACACCUGGCAUGCCUGUGAGCCAGAUUUGGGUCCAAAAAUCAUCUCUAGCUGCUGAACAUGCAGCUGCUGGCAAUUUUGACACUGCUAUGCGGUUGCUGAGCCGACAACUAGGGAUUAGGAAUUUCUCACCUUUAAAAGCAUCGUUUAUUGAUCUUCAUGUGGGAAGCCACACUCAUCUGCUUGCCUUCUCCUCAAUGCCAGUCAUCUCUGUGGCGAUUGAGAGAGGCUGGAGCGAGUCAGCUAGUCCUAAUGUUCGAGGUCCACCUGCUCUUAUAUUCAAUUUUUCUCAGUUGGAGGAAAAACUUAAAGCUGCUUAUAAGGCGACAACUGGUGGGAAAUUUUCUGAUGCUCUUAGACUAUUCCUGAGCAUCCUUCACACCAUUCCUCUGAUUGUGGUUGAGUCGAGGCGGGAAGUGGAUGAGGUCAAGGAACUGAUUGUCAUAGUGAAGGAGUAUGUUUUGGGUUUGCAAAUGGAGCUUAAGAGAAAGGAAUUGAAAGAUAAUCCCAUUCGUCAGCAGGAGCUGGCUGCCUAUUUCACACACUGUAAUCUGCAGAUUCCUCACUUGAGACUCGCAUUACAGAAUGCUAUGUCUAUCUGCUACAAGGCAGGAAAUCUUAGCUCAGCCUCCAACUUUGCUAGGAGACUCUUGGAGACAAAUCCAACCAAUGAAAGCCAAGCCAGAACAGCCCGCCAGGUUCUGCAGGCAGCUGAGAAGAAUAUGCGAGAUAUUUCACAGUUAAAUUAUGAUUUCAGAAAUCCUUUUGUCGUCUGUGGGGCAACAUAUGUCCCGAUAUACCGGGGCCAGAAGGAUGUCACUUGUCCUUACUGUGGUACUCAUUUUGUACCGUCCCAGCAAGGGCAGCUUUGUACUGUUUGUGAUCUUGCAGUUGUUGGAGCAGAUGCGUCUGGCUUGCUUUGCUCGCCAGCACAGAUAAGGUGAUUUCAGCUUCUCGUGCAGUUAUAUUCGGCCAUGUCAUUAGAUGAUUCCAAAUCUACGUCUUAGAAGUUUAGGCAUGAGUGAUCAAGGACAUGCUUUCUAUGCGAUUGUAUCUGUGGUUUAUAUUUGUUUCGAUAGUUUUGCAAUCAGUUUUUACAGACUUUUGCCUUCGUUAUUUAGUUAUUUUGUGGCUAAAUUUUUUUAUUGUAAUAAACAUGUAAGGUUUUGACUUCAACCAAUUUUUUGAAGUGUGGUGACCAA